AUGAGUGCACAUUCAAGAAGAAUCAAAUUUGUGUCUGUAUCUGUACCUAUUUUAUAUGGUAAUCAUGCUGUGAAACUUGCACCUGAAAGGAGAAAGCCAACAACACCGGCAGAACAUACUCACGAAUGGACAGUGUUUUUCAAACCUGUUUUAGGAGAUAUUGAUUUAACACCAUUGAUUAAGAAAGUUACAUUUAAAUUACAUGAAACGUAUGAUAAUCCUGUUCGAACACUUGAAUCACCACCUUAUCAAGUUACUGAAACAGGGUGGGGUGAAUUUGAAAUAAUUAUUAAACUACAUUUCCAUCCUGGUGUUGAAUUAGGUAUUAAUGAGAAAAAUUUUCAAAUUUUUCAUGCUUUAAAAUUACAUCCAUAUAAUCCUCAACAAGUUAAAGAAAAUGGAGAAGUGCAUUCAGUACUUUAUGAUGAAUUGGUUUUUAAUGAGCCAACUGAAAAAACAUUUGAAAUAUUAACAUCAAAACCAGUUAAUUUGAUUCCUUACAAAUUACUGAAUCCAAAUAAACGAGAUCAAGAAUUUAUUCGACCAGAUGAAAUUGAUGAAUUGAAUCGAUUGGAAGUAUAUAUAGAAAAAGUCAAAGAAGAGAUUGAAAACCAACGAAAUCAGUAUAAGAUCCUUGAACAAGAAAAACUUGCAUUAUUACAGUGA